UGCUCUAGUCUACCACGUGAAGAUGCAGCUAUGGUAACCAUAUGUUUACCAUAGCAACAGGUUGGAACAGCAACAAAAAGAAGCGAGGAAUUCCCUCCUGGGCUAUUACUUAAAAAUAAAGAUUUUCUCUGUGAAAGAUGAAGCCCGCCGAGGAAGACAAACAAACGGAUCAGAUGGCAACGUGUCUAAAGGCAUUCAUGCUGAAGACCAGCACAAAAACUAACCUCAACCUCUAUGAUCACCUUACCCGGUUGCUUCAUAAGAUUCUGGAUGAGCGCCCCGAAAAUGCAGUGGACGUGUUUGAGGACAUGAGCAGGGAGGUGAAGCGAGGCUUGAUGCAGGAGAAGCAGGGUGCCUUGCGAGAUGCCCCAUUCAGUUCUGCUCAGCAGGAUCUUGCUGAACUACAGCGAAUACUAUUUGCAAGCCGGCAAGGUGAACAAGGGGAUCAAGAAGAAGAAUUGGUUGAAGCCCCAAUACCCAAUGUGGCAGAACUGGCGUUUUACCUGGAGCAGGCUGGUGUAGGGAUGGACAAAGAUGAGAUGCAGAGAAUCUUCUUAGCACUGAAGCACCUGGUUGACACGCAGCCCCUGCAGCACUGUCGCUUCUGGGGCAAAAUCCUGGGCACAGAGGCCAACUACCUAGUGGCAGAGGUAGAGCUGAGAGAGGAUGAGGAGGAUGAGGAAGGUGCGGAGGAAACAGCAAAUGAAGAAGAAAAAGAGCCAAAUGAGGAGGAAGAAGGAGGAGAAGUGCUGGAAGUGGUUGACCCCCUUCCAAAAUCUACACAUCAAUCACCACCAGUGGUGCCCAAAGAGGAGAAUCAUACUGGUGCAAACAAGUACACUUACUUCGUUUGCCAGGAGCCUGGCUUACCUUGGGUCAAACUGCCAAGUGUCACCCCUGCUCAAAUCACAAUUGCUCGACAGAUCCGAAAGUUCUUCACGGGAUGUCUGAGCACUCCAAUUAUCAGUUAUCCACCAUUUCCGGGCAGUGAGGCCAACUAUUUGAGGGCCCAAAUUGCACGUAUCUCCGCUGCAACACAAGUCAGUCCUCUUGGGUACUUUCAGUUUGGGGAAGAGGAAGGUGACGAUGAUGAUGAUGGAGCACGUGCAAGCUUUGAAGAGAACCCUGACUUUGAAGGCAUUCCUGUAACAGAAAUGGCCGAGUCACUGUCCACAUGGGUGCAUCACGUUCAGCACAUCCUAAUUCAGGGUCGCUGUGUCUGGGUCAACCUGGCUGCGAAGCCUGAGGAUAACUUUGAGGAGGAUGGGGAUGAAGAGGAGAAAGACGAGGAGCCUGAUGAGCCGGAGCCUGAAGUGGGCCCACCACUCCUAACCCCUCUGUCUGAGGAUGCAGAAGUCAACAACACCUCUCCAUGGAGCCUUGGGUUAUCCUCAGCCCUAAUCCCCCAGUUUGCCAUUUCUACUCUGCGCUCAAACCUCUGGCCAGGGGCCCAUGCCUAUGCCCGUGCGAAGAAAUUUGACAGCAUCUACAUCGGAUGGGGCAUGAAGUCUACCAACUACAAGUAUGGAUUCAGCCCCACCACGGUGCCAAUGGCUCAGGCCGAGUACCCAAGUGGGCCGGAGAUCACAGAGGCCCUGGACCCCACUCUGGAGGAGGAGCAAGCCCUGAAAGCUGCCUUAGAGGAACAGAGAGCUGCACAGGAGGAGGCAGAGGGCCUUGAGGAUGAAGAAGAGGACGACUGAGGAGGAGAGGAGCUCUACACAGAUGAUAUCAAGACAACUAUACAGUGUUGAUCCCUAUUUUAAAUAAAUACUGGACGUCAGCAUACAAAAGCAUCCU